AGCCACCAAAUGCUAAAGCUCUUUUCACGGCGGCGCUGCCACCACCACCUCCAUAGCCACCCACUACAACCAAUCCUCUUUAUCUCCCGUCAACUAACACAAUCACAUUUCGACGACGACCCACCUUUCUCCCCAAUCCUCAAAACCCUAAAACCCCAAAAUCAAGAAACCCACAAUCAGAAGAACAAGAAACAAAAAAAUGAAUCAAAGAAGAAACCCCAGAGCAAUUUCCCUUUGAAAUCUGAUUUACCAUUUGAUUUCAGGUAUUCUUACUCCGAAACCAAUCCUGCCGUUGAACCAAUUGGGUAUCGAGAAACCCCCAAAUUCUCUCCUUUUGGACCUGGUCGACUUGACCGGAAAUGGACCGGCACGGCGGCUCCGUCGCAGCAGGCGGUUGAUAUGGUCAAAGUUGAAGAAGAGAGGAACGCUGUUCUUGGGGAACCAUUAUCGGAGGAGGAAGUAUUAAAUCUCGUUGAACUGUAUCGGCAUAACGAUUGCUGUCGCCAAAUCAAUUUGGGAAAGGGCGGGGUUACUCACAACAUGAUCGAUGACAUCCAUAACCAUUGGAAGAAAGCCGAAGCUAUAAGGAUCAAAUGCUUAGGAGUCCCGACUCUUGACAUGGACAAUGUCUGUUUCCACCUCGAGGAGAAAUCUGGUGGGAAGAUCAUUUACCGUCAAAUUAAUAUCUUGUUACUGUAUAGGGGACGGAAUUAUGACCCCAAGAAUAGACCCGUCGUUCCUUUAAUGCUAUGGAAGCCAUAUCCGCCAAUUUAUCCGAAGCUCAUAAAGAACGUUGCCGAUGGCUUGACGUUUGAAGAAACCAAAGAAAUGAGGAACCGUGGACUUAACUCUCCUCCAUUUAUGAAACUAUCGAGAAACGGUGUGUAUGCUAACGUUGUAGAGAAAGUGAGAGAGGCUUUUGAAGCCGAAGAAGUAUUGAAACUCGACUGUGCCCACGUGGGUAUGAGCGACUGCAAAAGGAUUGCUGCGAAGCUAAGGGAUUUGGUACCGUGUGUCCCCAUUUUGUAUAAAGACGAACAAAUCAUCCUUUGGAGAGGGAAGAAAGCUACGGAAACCGGUUUGGGUCCAUGUUGAAAUGCACCACCGAGCCCAUGGCGGCUCGUCGGGCACGGGGGCGAAACCAUGACCUUGGGACUCUUUUCUUCUCUGGAUUCUGUUAUAUGAUCAUAUAGAUUUAUUGAUAUAAAUACCAAUUAUUUUGUGAAAUUUAAGUUGUUGGUAGUUAAUCGAUGCGACAUUUAUUUAGGGGU